UCGAAAUGUGGACCCUGCUGCUGCGAGAUCACCACGCGAGCGAGGGAGCAACCAUCUUUGACAAACUUCAUAGCCGUGACAUCGGUGCAACCUGAACAUGGACGACGACAAGGAGUGGGGCACCGCAGCGGCUCCAACACCAGCACAGCUAGAUGACAAAUUCAUAUCUGCAGUGCAAGCUUGGCUCUCAAUACCGCCCUCCGAAGUUCAAGACUUACGGGCAAGCAUGCUAGCUUCUCCUCUCAACUUUGUCGCAAAGUACAUCAACAGCCUGCCAUCACAGCUACUAGUACCCUUUGCUGAGGUCACCACAGCUCAGGAGAGAAGCCGAAUCCCACUCGUGAUGUACAGGCGGCAAAGCUGGGCACGCCGUGCAGACCGUCUCUCCGGCGACGGCGGCCAAGAUGACAUAGACGCCACAACAACUUUAGGCCUUGAGGCUAGCCGACGGAGAUUGCCCGAACUCUGGUCUUCGAUAGUAGGUAGCACCACACGGCCGCGAUUGCGACACUUUCCUACACCAUGCCGGCGCCCUGCUGCCCGUCAGCUCGACCCUCCCUUUCCCGAUCACCCAGCGGCCGCCGUCCCCGGCUACAAGGCGGCUGCGGGCACGACCAGCUCAGUCCAGUAUGGUCCAGCGCACGAGGGCGAUCUCUUUUCUCACCCAAGGCUAGCUAGAUUGAUGGAUGAGCAGGAUGAGGAAGAGGACCAAGAAAGGCAGAGAGAAGAGCGCGAUGGGCUACACGGAGCAGAGGUCGAGGAAGGGGAAGACGAGGAAGAUGACGAGCAGAUCGAGGAAGAGCUAAUGCAAGUCUUUCAAAGGGCGGUCGUGGAGCGUUUCAUCAAAGGCGACCCAACCCUGCCAUCCUCCUUGUAUGCGCGCAUCGACUUUGAGGACUCAUCACCGCUUCAUCAGGGAGAGAGACGGGAGACACAAGCCUCAGCAUCGAGAGGCGAAGGCGAGGCUGGCGGUGUUGUCGAGCUCGCAAGGAGACAGGAGGAGAUCCUCGACGAGGAGCGAUAUUUUGACGAUGACGACGGCGAUGACGACCACGAUGACAGACAUGCCAGUGAUGCUAAUGGAGGUGUAAUGGACUACUAGAUGUACAAUAUGAAGGUUCGCAGAAGGUUCGCAGGCGGCAAAGGGACGAGACAGGGAGGGAGGCCGUUGCUAUGACUUGCCAGCCUGCUGCUCCUUGAUCGCAUCGACGACACCCUGGACUGAAGCCGAUGACUGUAC